AUGGCUCUCAAGUUUCUCAGCGGGCACGCGUCCCACUCCGGUACCAGCAGCAGUGUCAAAUACUUCGAUAUCCGCCUGGACAAUGACUAUAUUGUUUUCAGAGGCAACGAGGACGAGGCUGCCAGCGUCCAGCUGUCGGGUUCUGUUGUCUUGUGCCUGACCGAACCCAUGACAAUUGCCCAUGUUGACUUGACACUGAGUGGCAUUCUCCAUAUGACAUGGCAAACCACCUCCACCUCCUCCAUGUCCGGCAGACGCACCGCUUACAAAGAAAAAACCUUCUUCGAGAAGAAUUGGACAUUUCGAGACCCGGGGAAGGGAAAGACCGAGGUGUUGCCUCCAGACAAUUACGAAUGGCCGUUCCAGUGUAUCCUUGAGGGCGCACUGCCUGAAAGUGUGGAGGGUUUGAAAGAUGCCUGGAUCAUAUACCGUCUUAAAGCCGAGAUCAAUCGCAAGAGAGGUAGAGACAUCGUCGUCAGAAAGCCUCUGCGGAUCGUUCGUACACUUGACUCCAAUGCUUUGGAGCUUGCCCAUGCGAUGUCUGUUGAGAAUAUUUGGCCCAACAAGAUUGAAUAUUCCAUCAGCAUCCCCAACAAAGCCGUUGCCUUUGGUUCCUUUGUACAAGUCGACUUCAAACUAAUCUCUCUUCUGAAAGGCCUUGUUAUUGGCAACGUAUCAACGCAAGUCAAAGAAGAGCAGGAGUUUAUUGUCGACCCGGAAUGGGGAAUAUCGGCCUUGGGGAGUGGCGUGACCAAAUACGACAGAGUCAUUGCCACGGAUCUGUACAGAAUCAAUCCAGAAAACGAUGAACAGAUUAUCGACGAGGUUGCUGAAGGAUACCAAUUCUCUCGUUAUUUGGAGUUGCCCAAAUCACUCAAUCAAUGCUUACAGGAUUGUAAUGUCAAAGGCAUCAAGAUUCGGCACAAGGUCAAAUUCAAUGUUCAAUUACACAACCCGGACGGUCAUAUCUCCGAAUUACGAGCCAAUCUUCCGGUGUCUUUCUAUAUCUCUCCCAGUCUACCCAUCAAUGAAAACAAUGACCUCGUUGAUCAAUCACCUCAAGCUAGGCGAGCCGCUAUAGCAAACGACCUCGCAAAUUCAGCCCCCCCGGUUUAUGGCAAACAUACGCUCGACGCAUUGUAUUCUGAUGUGGAUGGUUAUCGAACUCCAGGAAUGGCUCUAUCAACUCCAAGCACUCCUUAUCUACACAGUCGUCAUGCAUCAAAUGAAAAUCUUGCUAGCCUUGCCGCCAUCACCAAUGGGAAUUACGUUUCACCUAUAGCUCUCCAGAAUAGGCUUCAGGAUCUACGGGUUGGAAAUCCAGGUCCCACAGGGGAGGAAGAACACGAUUCCAAUCUUGCACCUCCCAGUGCCGAACGGUCCAGGCGAAAUUCUGCUCCUCUGCAAGUCCAUGAUGACUAUUUUGGUUUCCACACGCCUCCAGGAUUGAUUUCACACCAUCGAAUUAGUCCUCAUGAGCCAGUAUCUCAUUCUGGAGCUCAAUCGGGGACGCCGAGCCAGCCGGAAAGUAAUUAUAUAUCAAGAAGAACUUCUGAAGAAGAAGAUGGGGCGCAAUCCGGGGCUCGAACACCAUUUGGUCAAUAUGAUCAUAUGGAGGAUUUGGCCAAGGUUCCUUCCUAUUCAACUGCGGUGAAGACUCCGGUUCCAAGAACACCAUAUGACCAAUCGAAAUGUCUUCCGACCUAUGGAGCCGUUGUUCGUGAACCGAGUCCACCAGCGUUGGCCGAGCCUCCAACUGCCUAUAUUCGCACUUCACCCAGAUUACCCGGAAGUUUGGCGUCUAGUCCACUCGACAUAGGAACGAAUGGCACGAGGUCCCAGGCCUCUCACCGAAAUGUGAGUUCUCUUCAAGAUGAAGAACGAAGACUGAGAAUGAUGCAAUUACGAGGUCGAUAA